AUGAAGGAGCUCAAGAUUGACAAAUUGGUCAUCAACAUCUCCGUCGGUGAAUCAGGUGAUAGAUUGACCCGAGCCGCCAAGGUGUUGGAACAACUUACCGGUCAAACACCCGUCACCUCAAAGGCCAGAUACACCAUCCGAUCUUUCCAAAUCCGAAGAAACGAAAAGAUCGCCGUGCACGUCACCAUCCGAGGUCCUAAAGCCGAGGAAGUCUUGGAGAGAGCUUUGAAGGUUAAGGAGUACGAGUUGAGAAAGAGGAACUUCUCUGAAACCGGAAACUUCGGUUUCGGUAUCGAAGAACACAUUGAUUUGGGUAUCAAGUACGACCCAGGAAUUGGUAUCUUCGGUAUGGACUUCUUCGUUGUCAUGGGUAGACCAGGUAUGAGAGUUGCUCGACGAAAGCACGCUGUCGGCAAGGUCGGUGCUUCCCACCGAGUCAGACCUGAACACACCGUCGCCUGGUUCAAGCAACGAUUCGAUGGUAUUGUCUCACGAUAA